UGCGAAAUAUCACGUAUGACGAUAAAUCAAAACAUUGUCUCCUCUUUUUCACAAUUCAAAUCGAUAUAUGUAUUAAUUCCUAGAGAGAUUUGCGUCUCGGAAAUAAAAAGCAGAUACAGGUCCUCGCGCGCAAUCGUUUUACGGCGUCCAAUAAUUCUCAGAGCGAAGAAUCUGGAAGUGAAGGGCCGCGGGAAGGGAGAGCAAAGAAGAACGGGUGGAAUAACGGGAGCCGGGCGAGAUGCGAGUUUACUCUGGAGGAUGGUUUCGCGCGAACUAUCGGCUCGAUUAUAUCACUAUCGAGGCGGCGCAUCGGCCUGCCAUCGUGAAUUUUCAUCCCACCGGAGCAGCAGCAAUCCGGAGAUACACAUCGGUCAAGCGUGGGCUCUCGAAUUACGGACACGAGUCGGCUCCACGCCUCUUCCUUGUUCAAAAGUUGGAGCGCCGUGUACAGGUACAUUUAUCCCAGCAAGUCAACGACCUGAUGGUACAUGGCGCAAGCAACGGCGUGUAAAGGAUGGAUAUAUUCCACAAGAGGAAGUUCCAUUAUAUGAAAGCAAAGGAAAGCAAUUGGUAAAAAAGCCUCUGUAUCCAGUGGGAGCUAGUCCAGAAUUUAUAGCAGAGCACAAAGCCAAGUUAGAGGCUCUAGCAGGAAAGAAUAAAAUAAUACCUGGUUUGCAAUCAAAACCUCAAGAAGGGUCCAAAAAGAAGAAAAAGAAAAACAAGUCUAAAGUGGUCGAAGGACCUGUCACCGAAGGAUUAUCUAAACUAUCGAUCUCAGAGCCAGAAUUUCAUAAAGAAGUCACGACUCAUAAUGAUAAACCAUUAUCCAUCACAAAACAAACUACGACAAACAAUAUAGUUAAGGACAUUUCAAACACUACACAGAAAACGACAACUGAUCCUCAAAAGAGAUUAAAGAAUUUGCGCAAAAAGAUUAGAGAAAUUGAAGUAUUAGAGGAAAAAAUCAAAACUGGUGCUUUGAAAAAUCCCGAUAAGGAGAUACUUGACAAGGUGGCACGAAAAAUUGAGAUUUCCAAAGAAAUAAAAAGAUUAGAAGCUGCUCCGUAAAGCGGCGUAUCUAAUUAGAAGUUUUACGCGGAUUUAUUAGUGCCAUCCAAUCCUAAACUCUUGUCGAUAACAAAUGUGUAAUUCUAUUGAUAAGGCGAAUCUAUUCCUUCCGACGAUUGGCAAUUUUACAUGCGGCAUCUUGUAUUCAUUAUUCUUGUUUCAAUGCGUAGAUUGAUAAUAUUACAUAUAUUUAUAAUAUACUGAUAUUGAUUAUAUCAACGAUUUUAAUACUCGAUCAUGGAAACAUACAUAUACACACAAACACAUACAUACAUAUGUAGUAUUUCCUCAUUAACAGAAAAGUACUUAGAAUUGGCUGCUUUCUGUUGAGUAGCAAAAAAAA